AUGCACAACAAUGACGUGUACAAUGCUAGUGAAAUAAGAGGAACCAAAAAACUCAUGUCGUCUCGAGAUUCCUAUGUUGAUACUGCUAUUGGUUACGUAGAAGUUAAGAGAGAAGGAAGCAAAUGUGUAUUGAAAGCAAAAGUGACCCCAGAGCACCGGAUUCGAACAAAAAUAUACACGGUUUCCAUUACUAUAAAUGAAGACAGUGAAGUUAUUGGAAACUUAAUCUGUGAUGACUGUGCUGCAUCUGCAGGCGGCUGCAAACAUGGAAUUUUUUUGCACACUGGAUCAUCAAAAGGACUGAAGAGCCAUCAGUUACAUCUGUCUCUUGCUACUGGCAGAAACCCAGAGUCAGUGAAGCCAUCACCAGUGAUAUGCCACUGCUAG